CAACACUAAUGACUGAAGAGAGCUGGCUGGGGAGAAAGAAAGAUAGAGGCAGGGAGAGAGAAACAUAAAGAGAAAGACUGCCUUCCAUUGGCCUACAAGACCACAGAGCUGGACUAGGGAAAAUAAAGUUAGAAUGAGAGAGUGGCGGGAGACAGACAGAGGCAGGGAGCGAGAGAGAAACAUAAUUGAGAAAGAGAGAGAAGACUUCAUUUUCCAUUGUCCUCUUCUGGACUUGGGAAGAGAAGAGUGACCGAAAGAGAAGAAAAGGAGAAAGGGAUUUUCCUGUGAGUUGGACACGUUCUGAGACCUAUUGUAGGCUGGUACCUGGUUGUGGGGUGGACAUGGGCCAGUUUCUGACGGGUCUAGGACUACUGCUCUGCUGUUCCCUCUCUUCCCCUCAGAGACUGGCUCCCUCAGGGAGAAACGUCUGCCAGGACCCCAGGAAUCCUUCCACUCUUGUCUGUUGCACUGGAUGGAGACAACAGAGAGAGGAGUGUACCCUUCCUGUGUGUGAUGGUGAACAGGCCUGCCAGCAGGAUGAGGUGUGUGUAUACCCGGGCAUCUGUCGCUGUCGGCCUGGCUACUAUGGAGCCCACUGCAAGACACGCUGCCCUCCAGAGUUCUGGGCACCGGACUGCCGUGAGCUGUGCAAGUGCCACCCUCACGGGCGCUGUGACCCGAUCACGGGCAAGUGUACGUGCCUCUCCAACCGCUGGGGGCCACUCUGCCAGAACACCUGCAAAUGUGGCCGUCAUGGACACUGCCACCCCGUACACGGCAACUGCACCUGCGACGAGGGCUGGUGGACACCCACCUGUACCAAGCAGUGCCAGUGCUACCCAGGCACCUCCACCUGCGACCCACUGACCGGCAGGUGUCAGUGUGCCCUGGGUUACUGGGGUCAGAAGUGCAGUCUUCGAUGUAGCUGCUACAUAUCAUCCUGCCAACAGAAGACGGGGGCAUGUGAAUGCCAGAACGGGUGGUGGGGUCCGACGUGUGACCGCCGCUGUAACUGUGACCUGGAGCACAGCGAGUGUAAUGCCGUCAGCGGGGAGUGUGUAUGUCAGCCUGGGUACAAGGGAGCCUUCUGUAACGAACCGUGUGGACCUGGGGAGUAUGGCAGUGGCUGUAAACUGAGCUGUGGCCACUGUGAAGGAGGCCAGUCGUGCUCUGUGGUUGAUGGUGUCUGUACGGCCUGUGAGCCUGGGUGGAAUGGCACACACUGUGACCGUCUGUGCCCGCAUGGUUACCAUGGAAACCACUGCCAGGAGCCAUGCCCACGCUGCAGGAACGGUGAACCAUGUGACCCCAGGACGGGGGCGUGUUCACGAUGUGACCCAGGAUGGACCAAACCCAGGUGUGACGAGCCGUGCUCCAACAGUACAUUCGGGGAUGCCUGCCGCUCCCUGUGCAGCCCCUGUUUCCAUGGCCACUGUGAUCACAUGACAGGAAGUUGUGUCUGUGGGCCUGGGUUCCAGGGACGGAGUUGUAACAUCACCUGUCCAGAUCAGCUGUAUGGCUUUAACUGUUCCUCUGUCUGUGACUGUGGAGAGGGAACCGCCUGUCACCCAGCAACGGGAGCGUGUCCAUACAGUGGUCACAGGGCUCUGAUCACUGGUCUCCUGGUCCCUCUGCUCUUGGUGCUGCUGGGUCUGGUCUGCUGCUGCUGCUGCUGUGGAGGACCUACUGACGGCAAAGACAGGGUAGCAGUGGGUGACGGUGGUACCUCUGUCCGUAUGAAGCAUCAUGUGUAUAACGUCCUGGCCAACGUGAGCUCUGCUGUACCCUGUAUCUCUGUCUGGUCCUCUGGGUUACCCAGAGUCACAGUGUCACACCACGACCCUGAGCUGACGUUCAACCACAGCUUCAUAGAGCCUCCCUCCUCAGGCUGGGUGACGGAGGGAUCCUUCUUCGACAGUGAUGAGGAGACCAGAGAGGUGCUCUACUGUGUCCCCCCCAGAGAAGACAUCCCUGCAGUGGCGGGCGGUGAGUUCCAGGAGUUCCAGCACGAGAUGAGUUCUAAGUGUAACAUGUUCCCCGACCCCUCUGCCUUCAGUAUUAGUGCAGAAGACAUGUCCCUCCCCUUUGGCAUCCCCCGCACCUCCAGCAACGCCAAGUCCAAAUGCCCCUCCGUCUCCUUCGCCGAAGGCACCAGGUUCAGUCCCAAGGAGCGCCGAGGCUCUGCCCAAGAUUUGACACCCGGGGCCCCCCGCACCAAACACAAGUCCCCCUGGGGGGUCCUGAUGCUGUCAGCCCUCCAGUCCCAGGGAGGGAAUGCCUCAGAGGGGGAAGAGAUGGAGGGGGGGGUGGAUGGGUGUGGAGGUGGGACUGGACCAUUGGAAGACCCAGAAUCCAGUGGUGAAGCAGGGGACCCCGAUGUGGACAGGUGGACAGCUACCCCGACCCGAGCCAUGUCUACCCUGCAGGUGCCUGGAGCAGUGGUAGGAUGCACCAUAUCCAACGCUGCUGUUCCCAGAAAGGGAGGGCAAACACCAGGGUCCACAUCCGAUGGCCAGCAGGCAGAGAUGGACAAAGUGACCACAGUGUAUGUGACAGUGGGGAAGGCGGGGGUGGGGAGGCCCCUGUCUAAACUAGAGCUCCCCAGCUUGGAGGGCCCGGUACAGGCCAUGCUACGCAGGCUAGGCAGCCUCCAGAGACACAAAGACCAGGAGGUGGGAACUAAGCCCAAGGGGAAGAGCCCGGGGGUGGAGGGGAUCACCAAGCCCCCCAGGAGGAAGCUGGGGACUAGGGCCAGUGUGUGGGAGCAGGGGGCUCCCCCACCCUCGGAGGUGGAGGGUGCUGUAGGGGAAGGCGUAUCUAUGAGAAAACCCAGUAGGAGGAAACAGCACGCCCACCAUAGCUCCCCUGCUGUCAUGGGAAACACUGACGCUGGCACUAACACUCAACCCCCACCAGAGGACACCCCUGCCACCGUUACGCCCAUGAGGCCCCUGUCCUCCAUUUUGAAAAGCGUGCCAGAGGUCGCUGGGUCAGAGGUUAGGGGUGAAAGGUCAGGGGUAAGGCGAGAGAACGGCGACCCUGGGAUGCAGACUGAUAAUGGAUAUCGAACAAUCGGGCCAGCUGGAUUUGUAAUGGACGCUGUUAGUCUGAGUGAAGUCAUCGCCAAUGAAGGAGUGGUGGCUGGUGUGGACGAUGGACCUAACCUUUAUGAGAACGUGAUGAUUAUGCAUUCCUAAUUUCAGAUGCAAUGACUGUGGUGCUCUGUCUCUUCUCACAAUUGAGUAUGUAGUUCGACUACUAAUGAAUGAGGAAUUUGGAAACUAGCCUACUGUACUGAGUUACCAGUCGAGUCUGACAUAAACUUUACAAUAUUGAGUAUACAAUUUUAUGAAUUACAAUAUGUAUAUGAUGGUUCUGUACAAUAUGUACUGUAUGUAUGUAUAUUAUACAACAAUAGGAUCAUGUUGAAAUCACCUUACCAAAAAGUGAUUGACACUGUAACUGCCAUGUGUGAAACAACUAUGCAAAUGAAAACCAAAAAAUGCUCCUGUGCACUUUGUUCA